ACCUCUCAGAGCUCUUAAUAGGUCUUUGAGAUUCAAAGGCUCUGUAUAGUAAUUUAUUAAGGCACUGUCUUCCGGGCUUCCUAUUCAGAAUCACUGGUAUUGAAAAAGGUAAAGAUGCUUGUUUCGUGGCUGGUGGUGGUAUCCUUAUUCUUUGUUGAUGGUCUUUCUUCUUCCUGCGAUUAUGCCUCCACUCGUGAGAAGAAGCUAAAUAUUCUGAACUUGUUGGCCUGUUGGGAUGACGAUAGUAACAACUUCAAUACAGGAUGCUGCUCUUCUGUAAAGGACAAUAAUUACAAAUAUAGGAGCUGCAAAGAAAUCAAGCAGUCUCAUACAAAUGCUGAAGAUGGAAUUUAUACUUUGACAACUAGUCAAGGGGUAUCCUACCAGACAUUCUGUGACAUGACAACAGACGGGGGAGGCUGGACUCUGGUGGCCAGUAUUCAUGAGAACAACAUGUAUGGCAAAUGUACUACUGGAGAUCGCUGGUCCAGCCAGCAGGGAAACAAUAUAAAUAACCCUGAAGGAGAUGGUAACUGGGCCAACUAUGCUACAUUUGGGUUACCAGAUGGAGCAACCAGCGAUGACUACAAGAAUCCAGGCUAUUACGAUAUUUCAGCUGGUGAUGUGCAGUUGUGGCAUGUACCAAACAACACACCAAUGUCCCAGUGGAGGAAAAACUCUCUUCUAAGAUACCGCACAGAGUCUGGCUUUCUCUCUACAGAAGGAGGAAACCUCUUUCAUCUGUAUAAGAAAUAUCCUGUAAGAUAUAAUGCCGGAAGCUGCCCAACAGACAAUGGACCGGCAAUACCAGUUGUCUAUGAUUUUGGAAACGCUGCAAAGACGGCAAAUUAUUUCUCACCAAAUGGAAGAAAUGAGUUUAUCGCGGGCUUUGUUCAAUUCCGAGUGUUUAAUUAUGAAAAAGCAGCAUUAGCACUGUGUCCUGGGAUAAAGGUUACUCAGUGCAACACGGAGCAGCACUGUUUUGGGGGUGGAGGCUAUAUCCCUCAAGGAGAUCCGAAGCAAUGUGGAGACUUUGCCGCCAUUGACUGGGAUGGUUAUGGGACACAUACAGGAUGGAGUUCCAGUAAAGAGAUUACAGAAUCGUCUGUUCUAAUCUUUUACCAAUGAUAUGUCCAAUGCAUUGUUUUAUUAGUGGUACACUACAUUAUAAAUAGGGGAUUAGGGGAACAGAGUGACACAACAAGGCAAUGCGGACAGAAUGAUACAGAGCUAGGAGGACAAAGGGUAACCCUUUGUCACUCUGUCCCCUUUACCCUUUUUCUCUCUGUCCCUCCUAUCCAUGUGUCGCUCUGUCCUCUUAACCCCCAUAGCAGCAUUUAGUGGAACAGAGUGACAGGGUUGGGGGUCGAGGGAGCUGCCUGUGCCGCCUCGUGGUAGCACUAGCCCCCUGCAAUGAAUAACAGUAAACAUUUGGUAAAUUAUUCUAUAUGCACCCCAUUGUAUUGUUAGUGACAAUUGUAUAUCCUUUUUUAAGUUCAAUAAAACUUUGCAUGGUACAAUAA